AUGGAAAGUGGAGACGAACGUCCAUAUCGCUCCCAUACGAAGCCAGCAUGUCUUCCCUGCCGGCGUAGAAAGUCGCGCUGCAAAAUUGAGCCCCACACUGAGGCGUGUUUGAUGUGCCGUGCGCACGGCACUGAUUGCACAUUCCCAAAUGGACGGGCAAAGGCAACAUCUCACAAACGGCAUUCCACGGAGACAGCGCCGAGAGUUCCACACCCGGCUUUGCGUACGCCUGUGGCUGGGCCAUCGAAUGGACUUCUGGCUGUGUCACCACACUUCUCGAACUCACAAAGCCAAAAUCUGGACACACCGUUGUCGCUUGAAGCUGAUGAUGAUAACCCUCAUAUCCUGGGCCCAGCCGUGACCGGGGAUAAUCAUGUUCUGGCUGACUACCUGUCAAAUAUAUCGGGUGGGCAGGGGAUACGUGAGAUCCGGCCCGUUGAGCCGGGGAGUUCCUCGUCCCCUGUCAUUUUUACGAAAGUACAGAAAAGACCUUUGGGGCUUACUGUGAACUGCAGCCCAGCAAUGAAAAACCUCGAGACGAUUGAAAAGCUCAUCGAACCAUGGGGGCCACAUCUGAUUGAGCUAUACCUGAAGAAAGUCAAUCCUUGUCUUCCACUCCUUGACGAGACGUCAUUCAGAGCGCAAUAUAUGAAUACAAAACACCGGAUAUCCCCCGCCCUACUCGCAAACCUGUACGCGCAGUCACUCACAUAUUGGAGACACGAUCCGGUACUAUCGCGAGAAAGAUGUCCAGAUUCUCGCUUUGUCUGGAACCUUGCAAUAGAAGCCUCAUAUUCUGAGCUGCAUGCAUCAGCCGGUAUAUCGACAAUCAAAUCCCUUUUACUGGAUGUAGGGGGGCGUCCAACAACUUCCAUGACUGGCAAUGGUGUCAGACUUAGCUCAGCUCUUUCGCUGUGCCAUUCUCUAGGGUUGAAUAGGAAUCCGCUUCCAUGGGAUAUCCCGCAAGCUGAAAAACACCUGAGAAUGAAAGUUUGGUGGUCAGUGCUUAUCCACGACCGUUGGUCAAGCCUUACUUACGGCACCCCACCUCACAUAAGACGCUCACAGUAUGACGUUCCACUGCCGAUUCCCGAAUAUCUCUCAGACUGGGAAUACAACCGCGCAGCGAAUUCAGUAUUCAUCGAACUGAUGAAUCUGACUGAUGUCCUUGACCACUGCUUGGAGCAUGUAUACAACAUCCGCAUCGAAUCUCAGACUCCGACGAGAAACCUGGAGCUUGAUCUGAACAAAUGGGUGGACUCGUUGACAGGUGAAAUCCGAAAAAUAAUAAUUCGCGGCUCGAAUCUCGACAUUCCUGGUGCUUCCAAUCUUCGGCUUGCAUACCUGGCCACAAGGCUCUUGCUGAGGCGAAUCGAUCUCGACAAGGAAAGGCAAGCACAAGACCCUAACCCAGAGGCAAUGGCCAAUCGAACGAUGGAGGCCCGCAGGACAGCGGAAGAUAUCGUAGUUCUGGUACAGGAACUGGAGGAGGCACAGCUGGGCGACUUUUGGCUCCCUGUUGCCGCAUUUACCUUUUCUUCGACUGUAACUUUCCUUAUUCGCUGUGCACUGGAAAAAGAGCAGGGAGCCGGGCUCACUGAAAGCGGUUCUUUGAGAAUGGCGAGUGAUUUUCUGGAUUCGCUGAGGUCACACCAGCGGAACUCUGGGUGGGAUUUGGCUGAUAUUUGCCUAGCGCAACAUUCUGAAGUUGUCGAGAGGCUGUUAAACUCCUCGCCUCCAGUGAUCAACUCAGAAACAAACGCAGAGCAGCAUUUUGUUCACGACAUGGCCUUUGUGGAUGACAUGUUCCCGAGUAUUUGGGACACUCUGCAAAGUAUUUAG